CUAAAAACAUUCAUCCUUCUCCCUCUUUCCUUUCCACUUUCUAAAUUCUAGUAUUCUACCCCUUUCAUGGCAAGUAAUUACCAUUUUGCCACUCUCCUUAUCUCCCUCCUCGCAAUCUCUGUUUUCCAAACAUCUUUCUCUGCACUCGUUAAAGAGCAGCCGCUACUCCUCAAAUACCACAACGGCGCCCUUCUCCGAGGUCCGGUCACCGUUAAUCUUGUUUGGUACGGCAAGUUUACACCCACCCAACGCUCCAUAAUCGUCGACUUCUUACAGUCUCUGAACACCGUCAAGGGGACACGAAAGGCGGCGACGCCGCUUCCCUCCGUCUCCUCAUGGUGGAAAACCACCGAGAAGUACCAUAACGGAUCCUCUGUUACCGUUGUCGGAAAACAAAUCCUCGACGAGAACUACUCACUCGGGAAGCUUCUCAAGAACUACCAUAUCCAAUACCUUGCCACCAAAGUCGCUCAACCGAAGUCCAUCAACGUUGUGUUAACUGCAAAAGAGGUUGGGGUCGAAGGGUUUUGUAUGAGCCGAUGUGGUACUCACGGGUCGACUAAAGCGAAGCCGAGGGUGGCGUAUGCGUGGGUCGGGAAUUCGGAAACACAGUGCGCCGGUCAGUGUGCUUGGCCGUUUCAUCAACCGAUUUACGGCCCGCAGUCGCCGCCGUUGGUUUCUCCGAACGGCGAUGUUGGUGUCGACGGAAUGGUGAUCAACUUAGCGACGGUGUUAGCCGGAGCUGUGACCAACCCGUUUAACCAAGGUUACUUUCAGGGUCCGGCGACUGCGCCGUUGGAAGCGGUGUCGGCUUGUACGGGAAUGUUCGGGUCGGGUUCUUAUCCGGGUUACCCGGGUGAUGUUUUAGUGGAUAAGAGUACGGGUGCGAGCUACAAUGCGCACGGGUUAAAUGGACGAAAGUACUUGGUCCCAGCUAUGUGGGACCCUAAAACCUCUGCGUGUACUACACUAGUCUAAGGGGGUGUGAUCUGGUGCUACGUGGUGUUGCCACUUUGUGGUGUAACUCGGAUGUUUGUCGUCUUGUAUGACGUGUAAAUUCUGAUCUUUUUUUUUAAGAAAAAAAGCAUGUAUAAAAAAAAGUUUGUGACUGGUAUAAAUAAGUUGUCUUUUUUAUUAAGUAAA